UGGUAUACGGAACCUAUCAAGAGUUGAUUCUCUUGAAUCCUUUGAAGUGUAAGCAAAAUUGCAGAAAAACGCUUUGACUUUUUUUGUUGCGUUAAAGGAAGCGACAACGACUAAACUUGUUCCAGUGUUUACACCUAUAAAGAAAUGUCAUGUCUUUAUGCCGUAUUUUUUGAAAACAUUUUCAGCUAAAUAUAUAGUUGUCUCGCUUCAACGGCUGUACCAUUUGUUUAGUCAAAAAAUGCCAUUUUUUAAAAGUCAUAACAGAAGAAAAAAAAAUUCGAGACGCUAUGUUUUAAUAGCAAUCUGUGGUUGCGAUUGUAUAUAAGAAUAAGUUGCCAAUUAUUAAUGAUGGAUGAUAUAAAAAUCGAGCUUAGUAAUGGUGAAUGUGACGAAAUUGCAAAUUGUAAUACAAUCAGUCAAACAGAAUCAAUUCACCAGAACAAGGUGGAAACAAUAGACAAUCCUUUACCAGCAAAUGGGUGUAUUCCAAAAAGUAAGCGAAAACGCCCGCUACUAAAUCAAUACCAUAAACACAUGGUUCUGGAGCAUAUGAUAAACUGUGGAUGUGAUGUUGAAAAUCUGUUAAGUGCUAUACGUAAUUUUAAGGUGCCUAAAGAAGAACUAUUAAGACAACUAAAUAGCAGUGUAAAAGAGGCAGAAGAUUAUGUUUAUCAGGAGUGUGACUCUUUAAGCUUUCAAAACAUAACCGCUUGGUUGGAAUAUUUGAAAAAAAUUAAAGCUCCCGAACAUUGCCACUAUGAAUUAGGUGUUGUUUUGAAUGCUAUAGCAAAUAAUGAAAGUUAUCCUCACCCGGCAGAGUUAAACGGUAUUGAUUUAAAGGCAAUUUACACGUUCCUGAGCAAUUCUCUUUUUGGAUUACCGCAACCACGGCUUGAUUCCGCAUCAAGUGCGUUUCUAAUCGACGAAUUUGAGAACCUAAUCAACGAAGCCAAUACCGAGGAAGGAGAUAGAGACACUUGCGACUUAAGAGAACAGUUAGAAUCUUGCUUAUCCGCCACCAAUCCUGAUGAUCUGCCAUCUAGUUUAAAUCCAUUCAAAUUGUGUUCAAAUAUUGGAAAAAUUUAGUGUUCCUUUCUUAAAGCGUUUCAACAAAGAUAUAUAUCAUUAUCAACAAAAAAAAAUAUUCACAAUUUUGUACAGGCAAACAAAACACGCGUAGGAAGCGUAAUGUCUUUAUACCCUUUAGUUUGGAACACAUAAAUUUUAUUAAUCGUAUCCAUCUGCACGUCCGUCAUGCGUUGUAGGAAUGCUUUCAGCGAUGAAAGUAGGGAAAGAUGAAACUUCAUAUGGCCGAGGCCCAUCAACAAAAUCUCGCCAAUGAAACCAUACCCGAACUAGGUUUCAAUUUCGGCAUAUUUAAAAGUCGCUCCCCGAUGGAUCAAUUGAAACAAACCCGAGCGGACGAAAAAAUUAUAAACUGUUUUAUAAAUUCGUAAGAUUAAAAUUCAUUGUCUUUCUUUUACUGUACGGCACAAAAGACUGCUUAAAAUCUCUACUUUUACAUAUUAAAAAAUGUUGUGUCAUUUUCCUAUAAUACAUGAUAAAAUAUCG